GGAAAAGUAUAAAAGAGCCCUUGGAAUUCUGCAGUGCCAUCCACGGCUGCUCCUCAUCUCCACUUCUCCAGACCCGGUUGCCGUCCAUCCCAAGAAUGUCGUCAGGAGCGAUGAUGAGCAGCGGCUGCUCAUCCCCGUGCGAGGUGUCCUGUCCCCAGCCCUACGCGGACGCCUGGAGCCAGCCCUGUGUCACCUCCUGCGGGGACUCGCGGGCCGUGGUCUACCCUCCGCCCGUGGUCAUCACCUUCCCGGGGCCCAUCCUCAGCUCCUGCCCCCAGGAGAGCAUUGUGGGCACCUCCUUCCCGUCGGGGGCCAUGGGAUCUUCUGGAUCCGGGGGCGCCAUUGGGGGACCCUACGGAGGGGGUAGCAGCUCCAUGGGGGGAAUUGGGGGAUCCUAUGGAGGCGGUUCCAUGGGUGGAUCCUACGGAGGGGGUUCCAUGGGGGGAUCUUAUGGAGGCGGUUCCAUGGGGGGAAUUGGGGGAUCUUAUGGAGGCGGUUCCAUGGGGGGAAUUGGGGGAUCUUAUGGAGGCAGUUCCAUGGGGGGAAUUGGGGGAUCCUAUGGAGGCGGUUCCAUGGGUGGAUCCUGUGGAGGCGGUUCCUUUGGGGGCUCCUAUGGAGGGGGCAGAUCCUUUGGCUCCGGGGGCUCCUAUGGAGGGGGCAGAUCCUUUGGGAGCAGAAGAUCCUUCGGUUCCUCGGGUGGCGGCUUCGGGGGCUCCUGCGGUGGGGGCAGCUCCUUUGGGGGCGGCUCCUAUGGAGGGGGAUCCUACGGAGGAGGCAGCUCCAGCUCCAGGAGGUUUGGAGGAGGAAACUGCGGCUCCUUUUAUUUCUGAGGCAGCCCCGGCUCCCCCGGCAGCAGCCGCGGGCUGGGCUCAGCUCCUGGGGAAGCUGCCAGCUAAGGACAUCUCAGGGAUCACCUUCUCCAGCUUCUGUGGAUCUGCAUCGCUUCCCAAAGCCCUGGGAAUCGUCCUUUGUGCUCCCUGCCUGUGACUCUGCCCCGACCCCUUCCCUGCCAUUAAAGUUCUGUUGCAUUCAAA